AUCAAGCCGCCUUUCUGCUCCCCAUACUCUAGAAUUGUUUCUAAGUCAUCUCCAUUGUCCCUUAAACACAUUUGCUACACACUACCAACUUCACAAACAUGCCGUGUCGUCCAGGAAUCUCCUCUAUGUCGCUAGGGCGAUGCUACGCCGGCCAUAGUCUCGAACACAAGCUAUCCAUGGCCGCAAAACAUGGUCUGGAAGGCAUCGAACUUUUCUACGAAGAUCUGGCCGACUACGCCAAAUCUCAGUCUGCUUCGGAUCUGCUGGCAGCCGCAGCCUCUAUUCGCGAUUUGUGCUCGUCUCUCAAGCUCGAAAUCAUAUGCCUGCAGCCUUUCAUGCACUAUGAGGGAUUGCUGGACAGACAAAAGCACAGCGAACGGAUACAGGAGAUGAAACUAUGGAUGGAGUUGGCGCAUGUAUUACGAACCGAUAUCGUACAAGUGCCCUCAUCAUUCCUGCCGCGCGAUAAGAUAUCUUCGGAUGUUAAUUUAAUAGUCAGCGACCUCCAAGAGAUCGCAGACCUCGGGCUUCAACAAACACCUGUCAUCCGGUUCGCAUACGAAAGCCUAUGCUGGGGAACAUACGUGGACAAAUGGGAGGCCUGCUGGGAUAUCAUUCAACGUGUUGACCGGACAAAUUUUGGCAUCUGCCUCGACAGCUUCAACAUCCUCGGCAGGAUAUAUGCGGAUCCUACUUCCGAAACGGGAAUGAAUGAAGGGGCUGAGCAAGAAGUUCGCGAGUCCAUACAACGACUCGUCCAACAAAUCAAACCACAUAGAGAGAAGAUUUUCUUUAUUCAGAUCGUCGACGCUGAACGUCUGGAACACCCUCUGGCACCUGGCCACGCGUUUUACGAUUCCGAGCAACCGGCUCGCAUGUCAUGGAGCAGGAACUGCAGGCUAUUCUACGGCGAGAAAGAUCAUGGCGCGUAUUUGCCUGUUAAAGAUGUCGCUCAUGCUAUUAUCAAGGACAUCGGGUACGAUGGGUGGGUCAGCAUGGAACUGUUCAAUCGUGUUAUGAACAAAAAAGACGAAAGUGUCGUAGAAGAGUUGGCUGAGCGGGCUGCGAUUGCGUGGGAGAAGAUGCUCUUUGAUUUGCAGCUUGACAAUGGCCUGGUUCGUGAACGAGCAAAAUCCGGCCAGGCUAAGUUGAGUAGCGGAGGCGUUGAUGAGGUAGCACGCUUGUAGAGUGUAGGGGCGGGAUGUUUCAUGACGCCGCGAUGUGUCCGUCUAAUCAUAUCGUAUCGUUCAUUAAAGUAUAUGAGCUCAAAACAAAGGCAUGAGCCCUGAAUAUAUCAGCUGCGUCAAAAGACGCGCAAUUCCCGGAGACAUACUUUUUCUAUUUUAUGCUCCGAGUCUUUUUGAUAUCGUACCGCCCCGCUCAUCCAGCA